AUGGAGGCAUUGAAGAAGUUGCUGAAGAAUUUGGUGUCGAUGAAAGUCAGGGAGUACGUGAAAGACUACUGCAAGAGGAAUGGCCUUCUGACACUCUCUGUUUUUGCUGUGGUGACAGGCUGUGUGCUUGGAUUUCUCCUUAGGUCCCUCAACCUAUCCACACAGGCCAAGAUCUACUUCUCCUUCCCUGGAGAGCUGCUGAUGAGGAUGUUAAAGAUGUUGAUUCUGCCACUCAUCACCUCCAGUCUUAUGUCCGGCCUGUCGGCCAUGGACACCAGGGCAAGUGGUCGGCUAGGAGUCCUGACCAUCACCUACUACCUGUGGACGACCUUCAUUGCUGUCAUUGUCGGCAUCGUGCUGGUGCUCAUCAUUCACCCAGGGACAGGCUCAGAGAAAGAUGGCCACCAUGCAAGUUCAGGGCCUGUAAUGACCUCCGCUGAUGCUCUGCUGGACCUCAUCAGGAACAUGAUCCCGUCAAAUCUAAUUGAAGCAACUUUUCAGCAGUACCGGACAGAUCUGGUGCCUAUUGUGCAAAACAUUGAUGUAAAAGAGUCUCAGGCCAACUACGUGUAUGUCAUGCCCGACUAUCACAACCCUCAGCUGGGCCACCCAGUCUUCCUGGAGAUCACCCCUGCACCCGACAUCAAGUAUAAGAUCGUCCCCAGCACAAGCAAGGGCAUGAACGUACUGGGGAUUGUCAUCUUCUCGGCCACCAUGGGUCUGCUGCUGGGGAAGAUGGGAGAACGUGGAGCACCACUGGUCAAUGUGUGCCAGUGCAUCAACGAGUGCGUCAUGAAAAUCAUUAACGCAGCUAUGUGGUACUUCCCCUUCGGUAUCGUGUUCCUUGUGGCUGGGAAGAUUCUGGACAUGCACGACCCAGCCCACCUGGGGGAGAAGCUGGGCAUGUAUUUCAUCACGGUCCUGUCUGGUCUCUUUGUGCAUGGCCUCAUCCUGCUGCCUCUCUUCUACUUCUUCUUCACUCGCAAAAACCCCUUCCCAUUUAUCAGAGGGCUGCUGCAGGCUCUUGUCAUUGCAUUGGCCACGUCAUCCAGCUCAGCCACUUUGCCAAUCACCAUGAAGUGUCUCCUGGAGAACUGUAGAGUAGACCGGCAGAUUGCUCGCUUUGUGCUGCCAGUGGGAGCUACCAUCAACAUGGAUGGCACAGCUCUGUACGAGGCAGUGGCGGCCAUCUUUAUCGCUCAGGUCAAUGAGUAUGAUUUAGACUUUGGCCAGCUGGUCACCAUCAGUAUAACGGCAACAGCAGCCAGCAUCGGGGCAGCUGGGAUACCUCAAGCAGGUCUGGUUACCAUGGUGAUUGUCCUGACUUCUGUGGGGCUACCGCCUGCUGACAUCUCGCUGAUUGUGGCCAUUGACUGGGUUCUCGAUCGCUUCCGGACGAUGAUCAACGUUCUUGGUGAUGCCUUAGCAGCUGGGAUUAUGGCUCAUGUAUGUAAGAAGGACUUCGAGAGAGCAGCUGCUGCAGCGGCUACCACCACUGUUGCCAAUAACGGAGGAGGCCCCAAACGGAGAGACACAGUAAUCUCCUUUGGUAAUCAGAGCGUGGCGCUGUCUGAUGCUCCUCUGAUCACACAUCGCUGCGAUUACGUGUACGAGGUGGAUGGAGACAACGUGCUGGAGAGGCCUGUGACCUGCUACAACCUCUGCCAAGUCUGA